GGGCUGCACUUACUAGAGGAAUAAAUAAAAAUUCUUUUCAAACAGUAUUAGCAACAAUUGGAAUAACAAAUCAAUGUUAUAAGAAGUCUUAUUAUAAUUAUCAAAUACGCAUAUAUAAACCUAUUAUUGACAAUGCAAAAUUCAGUAGUGAAACAAUUUUACUUGAGAUUCUAGAUCAAUUAGAAUUAACUCAUUUAUCAAGUCAAGAAAAAUUGUUCAUAACUUGUUAA